GCCAAGAAAACAGUGUGUGCCUUUUUUCUUAAUCUAUAGGGCCAUGUAUAUUGAUGAUGCCGUACUAUAAAUAAUUUAUCUGGUUUGGGCUUCCUCUUUUAUGUCUGUGGCCUCAAAUCCUUAAGGUGGGAAAAAGGGCUGCAUUAGUCCACUGCAAAUAGAUGAUGGAACUGCACUCAAAGGUGUUCUAGAAAGACUCAACAUAUUUCAAGUUAUAAAGUUUACUCCUCAGGAGUAGCUUUAUUUUUUUACUUCUGUUCUUUCAAGGGAGAGUGAGCCACAUUUCUCUCCACUUCAUUUGCUGUCUUUGACAUUUUCUACAGCGUCUUUAGAUGCAAUUGCUCUUGUUGGUCAUAAUUCAGGUUUUUUUAAAAAAGUUCUCACUUGAUGUUUGUUUAUCAGUGGCUAUUAUAUGAGAUUGGGCCCUUUGGUGUAUGUAUACUAAGCUAAGCAUGCAGGGAUGAUUCUAUUACAUAAUUUAAUUUGUAUGCCACCUUUCCACCGUUCAAGCCAUACUCAAGGUGGCUUACAAUACAAAAAAUACAAAACUGCAGCAUAAUGAAAGUAGUAAAAAACAAAACAAAAAAACCCAAACUGAACACUUUCCGCAUAAAUCACAAGAUCUAAAAUAAAGACACCCCCCCAAAAAAAAACCACCCCAAGCAACACCCCAGCCUGAGAUCUGUUCAGCAGCUUAAGCUUUUGUAGCUGGAGUCAGUUAGGACCUGGCAUUCCCAGACCAGGUGGAAAAGGCUUGCAAGGCAGAGAGCAGGUCUUUCAGGUCUCACAACAAUAUAAGCAUGUGAAGGGGCUCAUGCAUACAUGGACUAAUCCCACCCUCUGGAUACUGGCAUACAUGGUUGACAUGCGCUACUACCACAGCCAAUGCACAACUGACAUCAAUCUGAAAGGAUUUCUGUGUAUGCAUUUAUGCACACACAUAGAUGCACUACAAAUAGCACCUGCUAUUCCUGGAGUCUGGCAAAACUGGAGUGAUACUUGAGUGUUGGGGGAAGAGAUGCUUUUUCCUGGAGGUAGGUGAGGUGUUGUAGCCAGUCAUGUUGUGAUUUUCAUUCAAACAACUGGCUGUUACUUAGCUUCAUCUUGGUCCAUUUCCUGGCAGCCUCUCUAGUACUUCCUGCAAUUCAGAAUCAAGUUCCUGGGCAGCACUGUCCUCUUGCUUUCCUUUUGGAAACUUGGAGCUUGGUACUGUUUGUUGUUGUGGACUCUGAUUAAGCUGGUAGUCCUGCCACCCCUGGGCUCCUGAUGGAGAAACCAUAGCAUAGCUUGAGUUCCUCUAGUACUUGCAACUGUAGAAUGUAACAUAACUUACUAGAAUCCAGCAACAUGCCUCCUUGUCUCUUGGCUGCCCAACACAGUUGCCUCUGUCUAUGCCUGCCACGUGUGGUGUGUCAUGGUCUCUCUGCUUCUGGGUACUAUUGUCCUAAAUAUUUGUUUCCCUUCAGGCCCCACGCAGCCGUUGACCCGGUCUCCUUUGGAGAGCGCUGCGAUGAAACAUUACUACUAAAUGUCUUAUGUGGAGUUGUGUCAGGGGUGAUCUCCUCUGCGCUGGCAAAUCCAACAGAUGUACUGAAGAUCCGAAUGCAGGCUCAGGGCAGUCUGUUCCAAGGAGGAAUGAUUGGAAGCUUCAUAGACAUCUACCAGCAGGAAGGCACGCGGGGGCUAUGGAGAGGUGUAGUCCCUACUGCUCAGAGAGCUGCCAUAGUGGUGGGAGUCGAAUUGCCAGUCUAUGACAUCACCAAGAAGCACUUGAUCCUGUCAGGAGUUGUGGGGGACACAAUCCUUGCCCACUUCAUUUCCAGUUUUACAUGUGGGCUGGCUGGUGCCGUUGCUUCAAAUCCAGUGGAUGUGGUGCGGACACGUAUGAUGAAUCAAAGGGCCAUUGUGGGGACUGUUGACCUCUACAGGGGUACACUGGAUGGUCUGGUAAAGACAUGGAAAAGUGAGGGCUUCUUCGCGCUUUACAAAGGAUUCUGGCCAAAUUGGUUGCGGCUUGGGCCCUGGAACAUCAUUUUUUUUAUCACCUACGAGCAGCUGAAGAGGCUCCCUUUCUAGGGGCCAGAUUGGAUUGGUGAUUCAGCUGCCCUUCUUGCUCACCUCCCCUGUUCCUGCAUCUUCAUGUCUUCUUGCCUAUGCGGACUGAGGCCUACCAUCCCCACUCCUGAAUGCUCAGGUCUCGGGAGCAAAGCUUGGAUGAGAAGGGGGAUGUUGGGGCCAGUGAUAUUCAGUGCUUUCCCAUGAAGGGAAGGUUGGAGAGCAAGGGGGGAGAGAGAGCAUAGGGCUGAGUCUGUAUCUUCUGUGAAGAGCUGUGUGAGUUUGAGGUCUUUCAGAGUGCAGCUUAUUGCAAUGUGGAUUUUGCAGUAAGCUGUGCCUUCCCCUUAACUUGUGUGCAAGGGGGAAAUUAAAAGGAGCUGCUGCAUUCCCUUCCACUGUCAUGUUACCUUAAUAAACUAUUUAUUGGAGCUAUGUAUGUGUUUUGUGUUUUUCAGUAUUGUAAGUUUGGUGCUGGAGGAGGCAGCCUGUGAACGAGAACAGCUGCUCUUAGUAGACACAAAAAAAAACACUAAAAAGUUGUACAUCCAACUGCCCUCUUCACCAGCCCCCAAGGUGGCAUUGUCACAGAAUGUCUGAAUUCACCAACUCCUAAAGCUGCACUGCUGUGAUGACGCAAAAUGUUGGUGAACAUUCUAACUAUUGUGAAGAAAGGAUCAGUUUUUGAUUCUAUAAAUUGCUUAAUGUUCAGAUUCAAUGCUGCUGCCCUAGGAAACUGGAAAGUCACUUUGACUCGGAUGAUGAUUCAUGCUUGCCUAGUGAUGAAGGAAGCCUAGAGAACUGAGGAGAACAGAGUAAAGAUGAUCAGAAUGUCCUGUGUUGAUUUGAAAUAACCAACCAAAUGCAUGGCUGUAUAUUGCUAUUAAAUAUGUUUUUCUUUCA